AUGGUCAACGAGGUCUAUUACGAUGAACUUGGCCAACGCGCAAGGCAAGUCAUCCGGGACAGGUUUCUCCCGCGCUGCAACGAAGAAGAGAAGCAAAAAGUUGAAACUUUUCUACUGUCUAAGGUUAAGUUUGCGCCGUCCACUGUGGUACCUCGGAAUCACUGUCUCGUCAGAUCCAUCCUGCCUGACGCAUGCCCGGAGCUCCUUCGCCGUGCCCUGUCCUGCUUUGUCUUUGGACUAAAGCUGAUCAAGGAAUCAACCGCGGUUUCCGACAAGAUCAAGCCAGAUGAAGUAUCACUAAACCGGUUUCAACUGGUGUCCGACCCUUGCAUUACACUGCCGAAGUUCAUUCACGCGCCCCGUGCUGUGAAACGGAAGGCGCUUGAGGCGCAGGCUGGCGCGCCUGAUGGCAAUGAUAACGGAGAUGAGAAGCGUGCCCGAAAGAAGAGGUGUGCAGCCCAGCCAAGGGAUGCUAAUUGCAAGGCUUCACCGACCAGCGAGGCUAGCGGAAGCAGUCGCGAGACCACUCUAGCCAGCGAAGUCGACCAAGGCCUUCGCGAUCCUGCUCUACGUGGCGGCGAGACUCGUCACAGCAGUAUUGAGAUUGAUGAUCUCAACAGGCUCCGAGUUGCUCUCAAGCAAAGCGUUGAUAUUACCCAAGGUGUGGAGUGCCUUCCAGAAAUUGUUGUUGCUCUAGAGAAUAAAGUCGAGGGCGGCCUUGGACAUCGCAACGACAGCUCUAAAGACGUCCAGGACAAACUUGAGGAUUUCACCAAAAUCCCGGAAGAUCGUGAGAAGGCGCUUGAAAAUGGCAAAUGUCAACUUGACGAUCUCGAGAAGACGCCUCAAGAUGGCAACGGUCGAGUCGACGAUCGUAGAAGCGAGCUUGAAGAUCGUGAGAGGAGACUUCAAGAUCGUGAGAGGAGACUUCAAGAUCGUGAGAGAAGACUUCAAGAUCGUGAGGCUCAAUUACACAACCUCGAAAAAACUGUCAAAAGCUGCGAAGCAGAGCUCAAAACCUACGAGAAAGCGCUCGAAAUCAGCGAGGCUACAUUGAGCCGUCGGGAGAAUGAGCUUGACUGCCGCAAAGAAGAGCUACAAAGCAUCGAGACAGUCUUGAACGCCAAGCAGGAGGAGCUAAAUACCCGCAGUAAAAUGCUAAAGAGCAGCGAGGCAGCCUUGGAAGGCCAAGAAGCUGCUCUUCUCUGCCGAGAGAAGGAGCUUGAAUGCCAUAGGAAAAACCUCGAAAGCACCGAGACCGACUUGAAGACGCGAGGGGGUGAGCUAAACACCCUCAUUGAAACACUCAAUACCAGCGAGGAAGACUUAAAAUGCCGGGGAGCUGCUCUUCUCCGUUGUGAGAUCAACCUCGGGCAGCGCGAGCAGGCAGCCCAAGCCGGAGAGGCGCAUCUGAAGAGCAAGCACAAGAAGGAGAACGACGAGGAGGACUACACCGGCACGCUGACCCAAGCCGGUCGUUGUCUUCACGACAAGUACAUUCGAGAGUACCAGGAAUACUACGACCGAUCCAUCCUGGACAUCAAUCAACUCCGUAUGCUGAUCCAUGUCACCGCGGCGGGCCACGCCCAAGAUGCCGAGCGUGGCGACGCUACGAGACUCCUCGAGAGGCUCACUCUUGCCAUCAACCACUCCGCAGUCAUGUUUCGAGGAAUGGCUCAGAUACCGGAUUCUGAGAAGGGCGCACACUAA